CAAUGGAGGUCCGCAUGCAAACAACUUAAUAUUGACACGAACGAUGAGGGCCAACACGGGAAGCGCAGUGUGUGUGUGUGAAGCCAUGCACUGAUAAAGGCCAUAGUGGUCAGCCAUCAUUCACCGAACAUCAGUCUAGAUUUGCCCACCAGAAAUGUAACAUUUUGCCAUCGUAUUUCGUAACAUCUGAAUGACGAACGUACAGCUAAGUCAUCAUAAUUUUCAAGCUGAUGUGAUUUUGUAACUGACUUGAACAGUGAGCCACCCAAACCACCGCUUGUGAGUGUGGAUUCGGGAAAAUACUCAUUGAAUGAACGAUUUCGCCAAAAUGCCAAGCACCAAAGAAGUAGCGGAGUUGAUCAAGAAAGACCCGACGGCUGUUGAUUCCUACAUGCCUCUGGUUCUUCCGGCGAUACGGGACGACGAGGAAGUAAAAGAAAGGUCAGGUGACCUGAAAGAUGCUGUGGCGAACAAAGUGUUUGAGGAAGUUAAAUCCAAGAAAAAUCAUUAUGAGAAACACAUGCUGGAUUUGUGUCAGACAUGUCUGGAGAAAAGAGCGACUAAGUACUACGAACUUGCAGCAGAUAUGUUUAAGGAGAAGCAUAUUAUAAACUGGAAGCAACACGUCGCUCCAGCAGAGAAGUUGAUCAAAACCUUCGAGGUUCCCGUGGCACUGGUGAGGAACAAGAGGGAUGAAUGGUGGGGGGACGAUCGUGCGCCAAGUGAUACAGAGAUGGGCGGGGCUUUGGCUAAAUGCAUUGAAGCCAUGUUGGAGGGCUUUGACCGAGACAAGAUUUUGAAGAAAGUAAGCAAAUGCAUCAUUGAAGUUCUUGCGGUACUGUUCAAGUCGCCCAAUGAGCUACAAAUUGUUGCUGGAUAUGCCUUCGUAUCAGACUCAUGGCACAAAAUUAGCUGGGAGGGAAGUGAAAAGAUCCUUCCAGAAAUGUACACAGCGAUGUACGAGUGGAUGACAUCAGGCGAUGUGGACCUAGAGAGUAUAUCAGAUGACAAGACGAACUUCAUCAGUGAGACUUUGUCAAAUUCCCUCUCUGGAGCUGGGUCACCAUCCAAAUAUGCAAAAGAGGUCAGUAAGAUUUUUCAGUAUUUACUGACACAAGAGCUGGAUGGUCAACCGUGUUCAGGAUAUGGACUGGUAGUGCAAAACAUAUGCACUCAAUUUGUUUCCAAGCACUGCGGCAACCAGCGACUUAUUAAAGACUUUGUUCCUGGAGUGAUCAAGCUCCUCAAAACUGACACCGAACACCUGGUUACCAUCGCUUCGAGCUGCAUCACAAGCUUCUAUCAGCAAGUUGAUCUCCUAGCCCCUUGUGCUGACGACGUCAUGGAUGUCUUCCUCGCGGGAAAAAGUGAUAUGCUUGGCAUGUGUCUGAAACCGUUGUAUGGAGUUAGCCCAGAGAAGAUCCUGAGUAGGUUUGACCAGUUGUCGGAGGCGAUAGAGGACAUGAAUCAAACAAACAAAACCUACAUCUACAUGCUUUGGGACGAUGUUGCAAAGGAUAAUGCCAAGAUACUCGUGCCCCAUGUAGACCUGAUGAUGGAUGACGUCACAAAUGGCCAACUCUGUCAUCAAGUGGUCUUGGUCUUGGGAAACAUAUCAGUUAAGUUCCCGGAUUUAUUUGUGGACAAGAUCGACAAACUGAUGAGGAUAGCCAAGCAAACGCCAUACACCAUCCACUCAAUAGCUAAGGUUGUUGCCAGUGUUGGACAGAUAAAUGAGGAACAAGCUAACCGCUGCAUGAAAAUACUCAUCGAUAAGUUGAAGAGCAGUGAGGAUACGUGGAUCAGUACCAUCUUGAUGGAAAUAAAGCGAAUCGGUCGCAAGUACGUGGAGGUCUUGAAGAAGUACAGGGCCGAUAUUGAGCCGUUACUGAAGAGCCAGGCGAUGGGCGUGCCUGAUUUGGUGCAGUCCCUGAUUGAUUUCAUGGAAGGACGCAGCUUGGAAGCACUGGCAGAUGACGUGGAAGACGUGAAGGAAGAUGUGCAAGACCUGGACAAUCGAGUGACUGAGACAGAGCAGAACGUCGACCGGCUGGACAAGACAGUUACUGAACAGGGCCAAGAGAUUGAAAAUGUCAAGAAUGAGGUGGCAGAGCAAGGUGAACGACUUGACGAGCUUGAGGAAGUGGUGGACGAAACUAUCGUCAAGGUGGACGAAAUCGACCAUAAGACUAUCACCAAUGCUCCAAAGUGGUCCCGUGAUAUCUCCAAACUCCUGAAUGUCGAGCAUGAGCAUGACUGGCGCUACCUGGCCAUCCGUCUGGGCUUCACCGGCGAGGAUGUCCGUAAUUGGGCACUGUCUCCGGACCCGACUAUGGCUAUCUUGGCAGAGUGGUACACAAUCCAUAAGAGCAGCGAGGCGACCUACGCCGUGCUGACGGCGCUGCAGGAUAUGGGUAGAGAUGACGCAGCAACCAUCGUGGAGGAAGCUUUGAAAGCUGCUGAUUCGAAGGUUCCGAAAGCCGCCCCUGAAAUGUCUGAGAAGCCUCCUCGGGUUUUCAUCAGCUACCAGUGGGACCAUCAGCCUGAGGUUAAGGCCAUCAGGGAGCAUCUGGAGAAAGCUGGGUUCAGCUGCUGGCUGGACAUUGGUCAGAUGGGAGGAGGAGAUAGUCUUUUUGCUAAGAUCAACGAGGGCAUGAGGGCAGCCAAGGUGGUGUUGUGCAUGUGCACCGAGAAGUACUCAAAGUCGGAGAAUUGCAAUAAGGAGGUGAACCUGGCCAACCUGCUGAACAAGCCCAUCAUACCCGUUCUGAUUGAGAAGAUAGCCUGGCCUCCAGCCGGCUCCAUGAGCAUGCUGUUCGCUCAGCUACUGUACAUUCAGUUCUUCACAGACAAGGAAUAUGUGAGAGGAGACAAAUUCUGGGAGGAUGCCAAGUUUGCCGAGCUCUUGGGACAGAUCAGUUAUCAUGUUGCUCCCGACGAGGAGAUGAUUACUGAUGAGUACCGCAACUGGGCACCUCAGAUUGAUGAUCUACCAAAGGUUGUGAAGAAAGCAGACGAGAAGAAGCCGACUGGCGCCGCAGCAAAGGAAGAAAAAUCAACAGAAGAGGGAGACGAGAUCAUCCCUCAGGUGUUUAUUUCAUACCAAUGGGACAAGCAGACGGAGAUAAAGGCCUUGUACUCUAGACUGACAUCGCUGGGAUUUAGCUGCUGGUUGGAUAUAAUGCAGAUGGGUGGUGGUGAUCCACUGUACUCCAAAAUAGACAAGGGAAUUAGAAAUGCCAAGGUCGUGGUCUCCAGUGUGACACCAAAGUACGCGCUGUCUGCCAACUGUCGCCGCGAAGUGAGUCUUUCUGACGCUCUUGCUAAACCAAUCAUCCCGCUCCUCAUGCAAAAGAUGACGUGGCCUCCAGAGGGCCCCAUGAGCAUGCCCUUUGCCCAGCUUCUCUACAUUGACUGCACUGCCCCGUCUACCCAGACAGAGUUCCGCGAUGCCAAAUUUGACGAGCUGGUGCAGAAGAUCAAAGCCUAUGCUACCGUGGAGGACGCGGUAGUUCAGAAAGUAUCAGCAUCCCAAGACGAAACCAAACAACCUGUAAACGAACAGGAUGUGAAACAAACGGAAUUAGAUACGAGUUCGAGUCCCCCACCAGCUGAAGAGAACAAACCACUGAGAGCAGAUGAUCAAGAUAAGCUCGCACAGACACCAAAGGAUGGAGACAAACGGGAAAGUGAACCCGACUUACCCGAAAAGGCACAGGAGGUGAAAGAGACGGAAGCAAAGACGAGUCCAAGCCCACCACUAGCUGAAGAGAACAAACCACCGACAGCAGAUGAUCAAGAUAAGCUCGCACAGACACCAAAGGAUGGAGACAAACGGGAAAGUGAACCCGACUUACCCGAAAAGGCACAGGAGGUGAAAGAGACGGAAACAAAGACGAGUCCAAGCCCACCACUAGCUGAAGAGAACAAACCACCGAGAGCAGAUGAUCAAGAAAAGCUCGCACAGACACCAAAGGAUGGAGACAAAGAGAAAAUUCAAAGGCCAAAGGAAGACCCAGGAAGGCCGAAAUCAGAGACAGGGCCGAAGCAUGCCGAGAUUAUUCAGCAGGAUAGGAGCGCCUCUGCCCCCAAAGAGAGGGCAAAACCAGAAUCGCCCCCAAAGAAGAAAAAGAAAUCAUCCGUGUGUGCGAUACUUUAGACGUGAAAGUACAAGGACACUUGUACAUAGGUUACACUGCAAAAACUUGUUUAAAAAAUCGCAGGACUGCCCCGAGUGGAGUUUGCUAAUUUGGCUCGGCGCAGGGCACUGCCUAGCCCACUGCCCAAAGAGUUUUCAUGUCAUGUUCCCGGUGUGCGAACAACUACGACGCUGUACUAGGAUACACAUCCACCUAUGGAGAAUUUAGAUGAGCAGUGGCAGACGAUAGCGAUCAUUAGAAUGGGUAUAUCACGCUGGGUAUAUAAUAUUCGUUGUUUGUGCAGCACGUUAAUUAAGAAUAGCAACAGGGUGGUCAAUUAUGGUAUCAGCCAAACAAGAACUAGCAAGACCACAAUCUUAUUCGGUGUGCAGAUUUCAUAGCAAGUGGUUUUAGGUCGGGUGAUCAGCAGCAACUGGUUCAGGAUAAGUUCAAGGUAGAAAACACUGCACCCGACGGCAGCGUUCAGGACAACAGCAGAUGCACUACAGACCCAAACUUCGACCGGUAACCCUUCCCUGUCCAACAAUGCUACGGCAUGCCACAAAUGACCAGGCAUGACAGGAGGUGUCAAGAUAGGUGAAAACUUUCCGGAACAGAGGCCCAUUUUCCUGUGAUGUACCAUAAUAAAAAUCUUCUCAGGGUAUUUUGAAUCCUUAAUGACAACACCUGAUUAAGCUGAAUAUUUGGAUUGUAACAGACGUUCUAUACACCUCAAAAUAGACUCUGUCCAUCCCAACAGCACGUCGAGUUCUAUUUUUUUUAGUAGCGAUGGCUACCUGUAAAUAGCAUAAAUUUGUCAGGGGCUGUUAGUGCAAGGAACCAGUGUAUACAAGCAGUUGUCGCAAAAAAGUGGUUGAUCAUGCACACUUGGCCAGGCUUGUCAGAGUAGGUUUUAGCAAGUGUACACAGAUGUACAACUCUUUAAGUUUGUGAACCUUUUCACCCACUAUACAAUUUUAAUAGAAAUCAUUUAUUAAGAUAGUUAAGAGUGAAUUUCUCUGAUAGUGUUAUUAUUUACACCUUCAGACUUUAUAUCUUUCAGAUGUUUGAACAGAAGUGUUCAAAUGUAAUGUUCACAGUUUACUUUCAGCAAGAGUUAUGAAUUUAGUGUGUUUUAGACGAAGCGACGUCGCCGGCUCAAAAUCUAUGUACAGCCUAAAUUAGGCCCUAUAUUAAAAAAUAAAAUGUGUAGUUCUUCGAGUUAUCGUUAAUACUUUAACAAAUCAUGGGGGGGGGUACAACAGAUUAGUCUUUUUUUGAAAAGACUUUUGAAAUUUGGUUCAUUCCAGGCGUCUACAAGUUUCUGCACCAAAGCUGAAAACCUGUCGAGGCUGUUCUUUAUAUGACAUGGUCUUUUUGAAGUACCAUUCAACAAAACAGAAACCUAGUCCCCGUAUAAAACUGCGAAAAAAAUGAAGAAACAUAAUUUGGACGUCAGUAUUUACCUUUGUUGUAAAACCUUGAACCCUUUUAUCUAUGAAGCACUGUGUAAAGUUGAAAUACGCCUACCAUAGGGAAAGUGUCUGAUAUCUGUGUAACAUGCCAAGUGUGUCUCUCCGACCUAUUAACAUAGAAAUUGUGUUUCGUCA